UGAACCUGACUAACUUGACUUUGUCAAGCUUUGCAAGCGUUGUUUACGUUUCAGACGUUAUUCUAUUGUGAUUGAUACCUUUUGAUACAUUUAGAUUUUAGUAUCUUCGAUUAGCAUACUUCAGUAAUUCGGGUUUAGUUUUGUGAGAAGUUUGGAUUCGUGCAUUUUCUUUCGACUAGAGUAUUGUUUCAACUGGAAAGUUUUGCCCAUAAACCUAGGAUUUCGAGGGGAAUCUUUGGGGGAGAAGCAUAAAUCUUGCGUCACAGUGGUGAUUCAGCUCCACCUGCAUGAAGACUCUUGAGAAAAAAAAUCUGAUUUUCUUCUCUCCUGGUACCACUGUCAUUCGGAAGUCAUGGGGGUACGUGGCCUGCAGAGUUACAUGGAAAAGUCUUGCCCUGAAGGAUGCCACAAAGUCGUCAUCAAAGACUUAAUUGAAAUUUACAGGAGGGAGACGGGGCGGGAGCCUGUGAUAGUGGUGGACGCCAACUCCUGCCUGCGCCACCUGUACGGCAAGCUGGACUGGGUGCAAGGCGGCCAGCUGACGCAGUACGUGGAGAAGGGCAGGCACCUGGUGAGGCAGUUCGAGCGGCUCGGGGCCCGCCUCGUCAUGUUCUUCGACGGCGCGACGGUGGCCCGCAAGCGCGCCACCUGGGUGGAGAGGCGGCUGCGCAGUCUGGAGGACGUGUACAGGGUGUUCGACGCACUGGAGCCCGCGGGGGACCCGGCCGCCGUGCCGGACCGCCUGUUCCAGCUGCCGCCGGAGCUCGCUCAGAUGUCGCGCGGGCUCUUCAAGCUGCUGUGCGGCUGCGAGGUGAGGAACUCCAUCAAGGAGUGCGACGAGGAGAUAGUGGAGUACGCUCAGCGGCACGGCUGCUUCGCCAUCCUGGGGCAGGACACGGACUACGUGAUCUACGGCGGCGCCCAGUACUACCUGUCCAUGCUGCACCUCGACGUGGACGCCAUGACCACGUACAACUACAGCCGCUGGGCGCUGGCCCGCCACCUGCGCAUCAGCCCUGACCACCUCCCGAUGCUCGCCUCCUUGAUCGGCAACGACCUCAUUUCCACCACCGACUUGAAGGAGUUCCACCAGAGGUUGAGCGGGUCGUACUCACCUAACCUGCACAUGGUGAUCGAGAAGGUGGCCGGGUUCGUGAGGACCCUCCCGACGGGGCCGCCGAUGAUGGCGAGCGUGCCGGGCGUGGCACACUCGGUGUUCGGGGACCAGCGCUGGGCCCCGCAGCUGGAGACCAGCGUGCGCAGCUACCACGUGGACGCCAGCCGGCCGGAAGAGAGGGCGCGGACGCCCGCGGACCACUGGGAGCGGGUGGUGGCGCGGGCGCGGGAGCGGCACGUGGCGGGCGACGCCCCUCACCUGCUGCUGGCGGUAAUGACGGGCCUGCCCUACGAGCUGAGCACCGGCCUGGAGGACUUCCGCCGGCCCGACCUGCCCCCGGCGGCGACGGCCCUGCGCGACCUGCGCCGGCGCGCCUACGGCCUGCUGCUGCACGAGCGGCCCGAGGCUGGCCUGCCCGCCGUCGAGGAGUGGUGCAUGGCGGGGCCCGACAGCCUGCGCCGGCCCGACGUCGCGGCCGCCCUGCCCGUCCCAGGCUGCCACCCGGGGCUGCUGGCGCUGUGGGGGGACCGCUCGGCCGACCUGCAGGACGUGCGCUGGGCGCUGUUCACGGCGGCCGUGUCUGCGCGCCUGCCCUCCGACCACUUCCGCCGGCUGCCGCCGCGCCUCGUGGUGCCCGCCGCCGCCCUGCGCUACUUGCACGCCGAGCUGCCCACGCCCGUGAUGCAGGCCUGGGAGGUGGACGCGCUCGCGGCGCAGGCCGUGCUGGUGGCCGCCUUCAGCCCGGCGUGCCUGGCGCAGCUCCCCAGCCAUGUGGACGUGCGCGCAGUCCGUCUCGCCACCUUGUUCCAGCGGGCCACCCGCACCGUCGUCUUCCUGCUGGCGAUCUGUGGCUACCCCGUCGCCGCGCUGCAGACUAUGCCGUGGCAGUACUUCGAUGGGAAACUUUUCCAAGCUGCGUAUCAUCUGGCCAAGUCUGGAGCCAGUGACGACAAGUUGUGUGACAACAUGGUGGAGGCCAUGGAACAGCUGCAGCAGGUCAGGCAAGCCGUGUUCCACCCGUGAUGUCUCAGCCGUGCUCCGCCCCUCCCCGGCCGCUCGGUUCAUGACCGGCCGCCGAACAGUGGCGGGGAUCUUGUUGUUGUGGUGUACCUGCUGGAGUUUUAACAUAUCGUUUUCAGAUUUUUCUUGUGCAAUUUUUGAUGACAAAUGUUUUACACAAGUAUUUAUUUCCUGAAACAAUUUUUAUAGAUAUUAUUUUAAUUGCAUUUAAAAGAAUAACUUUAUACAUAAAGCUUUCAAAGCUUUUUGUAUGUUAUUUUUUUAGAGCAUUUCAGUUUUAAUAUGCAGAUAUAACAAUUAAUGCUUUGACUGUUCUCUAUUAAAAUAUUGACCUCUUUUCAAAAGAUUUAACUGUACAUGUCUCCUUGUUAAUCGUAGGUCAUAAAUGGAAUUAGUCAGCUCAUUAGUCCAUCAUUUGCCAAAACUGAAAAAAUUGUUGUUAAAGUAAUGGUGGUAUACAAACUGUCAAAAAAAUUUAAAAUUCUAAAUUGUACUUCUUGAGAGAGCCACAAUAAUUUUCUUGAAAAUAGCAUAAUGUUGUUAGUAUACAAGAGAGUACUAUUGAAAAGCCAAUACUUAUUAUUUUCAUAGUAGUGAAUAUAACAUCCACAUAUUGUCUCUCUGAGUUCAGGUUGUAAUAAAUAAAAUGAAAGAAGGCUUCCAUUUAGGGGAACUGGCGGUCUGGCUCAUGAGCCAAGUUUGUCACACACCACUAGUCUAGAGAAUUGAUAUGUGACUCUACUGAGACAUUCCUUGAAUUUCAAACAUUAAAAAAAUCUUUUUUUGACGUGACGUCUAAUAAAUCGAUGAACUCCGGCUGCAUGCACGAAAAAGGAUGACUCAUUGUCCCGUUACGUUCAUUGUCCCGUUACGCUCAAUGUACGCUUGCGCCGCAUCUAUCUCUCUUCCACUCGAUUGGAACAACCAUCGAUUUGACUUUUUCGAGGCACAUUAAAUUUGAAACACUCCCAUUUGUUUCCUACUUUUCCUAUCAUCGUCCUAUCCUUAACAGAAGAACACAGAUUGGGAGAAGUUAAAUAGCAAACAUGUAUAAAAGUUAUAGUUAGAAUAAUCUCUUCGUUAAAGUAAUAAACAUAUUUGAAUUAAUGAGUGCAAUUAAAAGUAAAUUUAUCAAUUAAAUUUCACUCCUUCUUUGUAUCCAUACAAAAUAGUGAUAAUUCAAUAAAAAUGAUUCAAUUUUAUUCAUAAAAGUAUGCAAUCAUUUCAUCAAUGUUUUGUUAUGACGUCACGUUAAACUAUAGUCCGUAAACCAACUUUACAGACAACCAAUUUUUUUUGUGGUUUGAAUUAAAUUUUGGUUAAAUGCUACUUAAUUCCUUGAUGAAACGUGCAUUUCAGUGCUACAUGGUGUGUUAGUUUGCAUUUCGGUGUUAUGGCGUGUUUCGACAUGCUCUUCGGAGUAUUUAUGGUUUUAUCGCGUUUCACCAGAUAAUCUUUUGCCUGCUCAUCACGGAGUAACAACAAAUGCAAUGCUCAGGGGGCAGCUCGCCGGUGGAGAGAGGGAAUACUUGCUUUUGGGGCAAGCAUUAGGGAAGUGACACCACAGUGCUGCAUUUUUAAAUAUGCUGCUGUGACAUUUUGACAACUCUCGUCUUGCCGACCGCCACUCCUCACGGGCACAGCCCAGUGGAAACAUGAUGACAACUCUCAAGCUGUCUCCCGGUGGUGUUCAGUUUAUUAUUGUGCACUUCAUUGUUAAGUUCAAGUGAAUAAUUAUUGAACAUUUUGAUUGAUCAUUCAGGUGGAUUAUUGAAGGGUGAAAUUUCACUUCUAACGUAUGUUGCAGCCAAGCACCCAUUUUUUUUUUAUCUAGGACAAUUUCUACAGAUUUUUCACUACAUAAGCAUUGCGUUUUGAGUUUUGUAGGAAAUUUUGUCUCCUGAUACAUGUUGAAUGUUAUCUGCGGUUUGCAAAACAUCAGACAAAUAUUUGCAGGUACCGACCUGAAAUUUUUUUCCCCGUGUGGGUUUCUAGAGCUUGGCUGGACAUAUUAAAAAAUUGCUUCAAUAGUCUCAUUUUUUAAAUAUUACUUUACAAAAAUCUGAAAUCAUUAAAUAAAAGAGCCUUAAUUACGAAAAAAGUGAACUGCGUAGCACUUGUAAAAACAAAAGCCUGCUAUAUUUUCUAGCUGCGUUCCGACUCAGCGCACCCACAGUGCUUACGGUGAUGUUGCGUGCAAGCUGGCAUAGUAGUGCAACUGAAUACUUGUACUGGCUGGUUGUGAUAGUGGCCAGAGACAAAGUAUGAAUAUAGACAGCACAUGCAAGGUGCAAAUUAGAAACAUUUUUAUCCCCUCAACAAAACAGAUUACCUGCUGAUAGAAAUAUCAAAACAGUUUGUCACAGCGGACCGCAGUUGGCACUCUGUUGUGAUUCUAAAAUCUCGGUUCACUUUUGUAUGUCAGAGUUUGAAUGCAAUAAAAGUUUGAUAUUUUAUUACUAAUACAUUUAAAUGUUGUUACAGGUGAGAAUCCAGGUGCAGAAAGGAUAGCCCGAUUAAUUAACUAGGGUUUGUUUAUUUAUCAACGUAUAUUUACUCUGUUUCCCACAUUACAACAAUCUGAACGACUGUCCGCAAAUUAAUUACAUUUUUAUAAGUUCACUUUUUACUCUCCGCACUGGAGCUCAACUUGACAGUGGCUUCAAGACGAGUUUGUUGAACCUGAAGCAGGAAAAUUUGAGGAUACAUUCUUUAACAUUACUGUAUAAUAAAGUAAAACUAUUAUAAAAAAAAUGGGUGCAAGUAUAUAUGUACGCACGUUAGAAGUUAUACUUACUUUGCAUAUUAAAAAAAAACUAACUUUAAUUUUUCAUACAAAUAAUUAAUAUAAAUAAAAAAUAAAAGGACUGGUGUGAUAUAAAUAUGGCUGAUAAAGUAUAAAUUCAAUCAAAUUAAAAAUUCUGUAAGUGGUUGUACCAUGGUCAAUGGACUCAGGAAGUAGCGCCAUUAGAUGGCAGUUAAUGUUAAAUGCGAUUAAGACAGUUGUAUUGCAAUUUGUUGUGCUCGUCGCCAGCUAAACCUAGUGUGUAACUUUAUGAUAGCUAUCUGGACUUAGUGGGGGUGUUUACCAAGUGAUGUACUUCUCCCCGAUGAUUAUCUACAGUUCCCCUUAUGUGUGUGUAUCGAGGAAAUGUAAAGUGUUUUAGUAUGUAUUAUCAUGGCAAUAUGAUAAAUUGUAAAGGUUGCCUUCUCUUUUAAUUAAAAAAAAAACACAUUGGUGCGUUGAAAGUAGACUUUUACUAGUGUCUGUACAUGUCUUCAAUCAAGCCUAAGAAUUAAUCAAUGGGUUAAUGAUAGCUAAAAAUAUGAUUAGUAACCUUGGAAAUGUCUGUACAUAGUGUCACAAUGUUAAUGCUAACACCAGAUCCAACCUCAGAGUUGAGAGUGUAGAAUUGUGAAUUACGAGUUUUGAAAGUAGGCAAAAGUAUGCAAAAGUAUGAGAAAGUAUAUAAACUUUUACGAACGUAUUUGAAAAUAUAUGAAAUCAUACGCUAUUGCUGCCAUCGGUAACCCCGUGCCAUCUAGCGAUAUUCGUGUAUCGCACCAUCGGGCAAUCCCUCACUGGCCAUCUCUCUCAUUUUCCUUUCUCCCUCCACGGCAGCAUUAGAAAGUAACGCAAAUGUUAAAUGUGAGAACCUCUUAUAAGAAGUGUAACUUCAAAAAUAACUGUAUGUAUCAAAGGAGUGAAGUAGCGGAGACCAAAAAUGUAAAAAUUAUACAAAUUUUUGUAUUUGGUCUUAUUGCCCCAGGUCAACAUAAGUGCAAAUAUAGAAUGCCACUACAGCACUUUUCCUCAAUGCCUGAACUUAAAAACAAAUGAUCAGAUGCAAUUUCAUAAAUCUGCUAUAAGGUUUAGUAUAAUUUAUCUUUACAUUUGGAUUAUUUUUUACAUAUUUGAUUUGCCACAGUAACUAGAAGGGAUGAAGCCAAGGCUGUUUCCAAACACCUCCUUAAAGGAUACUUCAGCUUAAAGGUUCCUUAAAAAGUGAAUCUUAAAAAAUGUUAACCAGUUUUGUUGAUCUUUCGUAUUGUUUUAAGGAUCCUUGCAGAACUACCGAUGCAGUCUUUUGUGAAAGGGCAAAAUUGUUCACGUGUUUACAUGCAUCCUUUAGAAUUUUCGGGGGUUUGUGGUAAUUCUUUAGUACAAAAUGUGAUGAUAUUUGGCAUUUGAACCAGCCAACUGCUGAUCAUAUUUUUUUUCUCUCUGUUUAUUAUUGUGAAUUUAUCAACUUAUUUGCAUACAUAUAAAUAUUGCUGGGAAAUGCAUCAUGAAGAAUCCAAACAAAAAUGAAUGACUUCUGAAAUGUAUUAUAUUUUUUGAUACAUCAGAUUCUGAGAGUAAAGAAGCCGACCUGACUAUUCGGAAACAGCCAAAGCUUCCUGCCCUGCACAUUAGUGUAGGUGGGGAGGACAGUAAGUGGCUGGACAAGAGCUCAAGGCAGCUGAAACUGAAACCACGUUUUGUAAAAGUGCUGAAGUGCUAUGCUCUCCCCAAUCCUGACAAGCAUGGAGAAAAAUAAACAAUGUCGAAAUGACUACUUCUGAUGAUAACUUAAUUAUAAGUAUUGAAUGCUGUUGUAUUGUCUUUUUAAUUUGUAUAAUCACAUUUAUCAAAGCACAAUACUGUUGACAGCUGAGAAAAUAAGAUACAUUUAACUACAUAAUAUUUUUGCAGUUUAUAAUGGAUUACUAUUCAAUGUGUUGUUGGUUGUGAAUUUGUCAAUAUAAUUGGCUAAUUCGUCCUUAUACCUACAUGUAUUUAAUCUUCAAUGGAAGGAUAGUGUCAUUUUUCUUGUGAUGAACAAACAAUGGUUUUUUGCAAAAAUUUUGAAUUAGGUAUUUUUUGCUGUAAUUUCUUUAUGGAUGUGUUUGUGUGUAUAGUUUUAUUGCAUAAAGUAUCUAUGUAAAGAUGUUUUACAUUAUGUACUAAAUUCUGUUUUUUAAAAAUAUUUUUAUCUUACUUCUGUCAAUACUAAGACAUUAAUUGAGUAGGUGCAUACUGUAUAUGAUUUGAUAAAAUACACUUACAUGUGUUUAUAAUAAAAAAUUUGUAGAGAGUCUGGAAUUAUUUC